UAGUUUUUAUAUAUAUAUAUAUAUAUAUAUAUAUAUAUAUACACACACACACACACGAUUCGAGUACCCUUGCGCUUCUGUUACUAUUUAUAUAUUUUAUUAUCUGUGUAUUUUAUUAAAUUAUAAUAAAAGAUAUAAAUAAAUUAUUCAGAGCAGUAUAAGGGUUACGCGAAUCGUUAAUCUUUCUUUCACUUCUUUCCCUUUCUGUUAACGCGGGCGCGCACACACGCACACACACACGCACACACACACACACACGCGCGCACACACACACACACACACAACCUCAUACAUUACACACACACACACACACACAAUUUCGUUAAAAGUCUGGCUUGUUGUGAAGAUAAAGUAAUUUUGCCGGUUAAAAACCUGGUUUCGUUUAUUCUUCUUUAUCAUUAUUAUUUCUUUACUCUUUUCUUUCGAAUUCCUAUUCAACAAACAGCAGCUUCAUCCUUCUGGAGUCGAUAAAAUAAAUACCAGUUAUCGACUGUUCCCUUCCUAAAUAUGUGCGGCUUUGAUAUUCAAGUUAGUCUAUUUCUGUAGCAAACUCAAUGGAUCCAAGCAAGAAAGAUACAUUGAUCCAGUGGUUGAAGGAAAUAAAUUCAAGCUUUCUCAUAGAAUCCCUACAUAAUAUGAAAGAAGGAGAGCAGUCUACUGUUUUAUUAAACAAAAUGAAAGCUACUCCAUAUGAUCUAAAUACUAAGAAAGAAUGCUUUGAAAUUAUAAAGAAGUUUAUUGAGGAUAAAUAUGAUCAAAGUCAUGUUGAACAAGUAAAUUUUGAUAAAGAUGAUGAAGUAGACCUUGCUAAGAUUGCUAUCCUUAUGUUGAGAGUUGGGCUUGAAGGGGAACAUCAAGAAGACUUCAUAAAGGCAGCACUCUCAUUGAAUGAGCAGUCACAGCUAGAAGUAAUGAGCAUCCUGAAAGGAAUUUUAAAUGGUGCCUCAGCUGAUCUUCAGUUAGAUAAGCUCCUUAUCAAUAAAUCUUUGGAAACAUUUGAUUCUGAGAAUUCUUCUGAAAAUAGUUCUCAAGAGAAUGCUACUGAACAAUCUCCAUCAGCUUCUGGUUCGGAAGAGUUACUACAUGAUGCUUCAUCAAACUCAAAUUCUGGGAGUGGUAACAUCUCACGAUCACAAGAGAAAAUUUCUUUGUUAACAUCUAUUAAUAUGGAAAACGAAGAAAUUGAACAGAAAAAUAUGCUUCUCAGGAAACUGAAUGGUAAUUUGAAGCUUGAACGGCAUCUUCGCUCUGAAAUGGAAUAUGAUCUUGAAGAGAAGAACAAAACUAUUCUUUUGAAAGAUGACAAGAUCCAAGAACUGAAUAACCAAAUUAAAGAAUUGAAGAAGUUGCAAAACAAAUUAGAUGACUACAACAACCUUAUGGAUCAAUAUGACAAAUUAACUGCUGUUGCUGAUAAAAUGAAAAGUCAAAGUGAUGAACUAAGAUCAUUGAAGCUGCAAAAUUCUUCAUUAAUAAAUGAGAAUGCUAAAGUGUAUGAAGAACUGGAUGAAAUGAAGAAAAUGAAAAUGCAAUUGGAGGUAGCUCAGUUAAAUCGAGAUAAGUAUCUAGAGGAGCUACAAUCAGAAGAAAGGAAAUGUUUCAGCCUCCAACUAAAUUUGGAUUACAAACAGAAAGUCUUGGAUGAAACAACUCACAACAAAAAAAUUUUAGAAGAAAAUUUAGUGAAAAUGACAGAAAAGUAUGAAACACUAAAAAUCAGUUAUGAAGAAGAGACAUUUGCAUUCUGGUCAGAAAAACAACCAACUGGAGAAAGUAUGAAUGUUAUAACAGACCUUAUAAUGACUGAAUUAAAGGCUGAACUGGAAAAUAUCAAGGCAACGUGGAUUGCUCCAGACAUUUAUAAACAAUUAAAGAUGGAUCUUUCAAAAGUAACAUCUGAACGAGACAUUUUCAAAUCACAGUGCUUGGAGUUGCAAGAAGAAUCUGUAAGCCUGAAAUUGAACAAGGAUUUAUUUCAAAAUGAGGUGGAAAAAGAGAAUAGUGAACAUGAUAAUGCACAGCACCAAAUUUUGGAUAAACAGCUCACUAUUGAGAUACUGAAAGAAGAUCUUGAAUCUAUUUGUGUAAGGGAUUCUAAUUGGCAACAGAUUGAAGCAAUAUACAAAUCAGAACAACAACACCAAAUGAAGGUUACUUCAGUAAAAUCUUCUAUACAAAAUUUUGCUCAGAAAAUUGUUCAUGCUACUAAGACUAAUAUUUCAACAGAAAAUACAGAAUUUAAAAAAGUAAAAUUGCUACUGGAAGAAAAUGCAGCCAUUAAAAAGGAACUGGCAAAACAGUUUAAGGAACUUACAGGAGAAAAACAGGAUGUCUUUGAAAAAUUAGAGCUAGAAACUACAGAUUCCAAAGAGCUUGUAACUGUUUUAAAACCUAAACUAGAAACUGCAAGUCAAAAUUCCAUUGAACAAAAAAGUAAAUUAAAGGGUGAUUUUGAAGAACUAACCAAAGUACAUACUUUAUCGUUGGAGGAAAGGUAUUUGGAGACAUUUAAUGAAGUGGAACAAAUCAGUGUACAACAUUGUGAAAAGGACAAGAGAAUCUAUGAAUUAACAAAAUCCUUAUCAGAAAAAUCUUCACUUGUUGAGAAAUAUCUAAAUUCAAAUAAUGAACUGACACAAAUUAUUACCAGCUUGAAAGAGAACGUUUCUGAGAAAGAAAUUGAGACUAAUUUACUGAAAAAGGAGUUAGAAGAAAAAUCAAGCACCAUCAGUGAGAAAGAUGCUAAACUUGAAGAACUUACUUCUCUUGUUGGAGAGAUGCAACAGACGGUCUCAGAAAUCUCUCAGGAACAUGUUUCUGAAAUUAUGACAAUAGAAGAAAAAUACAAAAAUUUUAAAGAUGUCCAGGUUGACCUUAGUCAAAAGGAAGAAGAAUUGGCAAAACAAGCUGAAUAUUAUUCAGUUGCUGCUGCUUCUGAUAAAGUCUAUGGGCAGUAUGAGGCAUCAAUUAAAACCUAUCAAAAACCAGUCUCAAAUCUUUGUAAUAAAGUGGAAAGCCAAAACAGACAAAUCAAGUAUCUCCAUGAAGAAAUAUCAGAUUUGAAAGUUAAAGCUAAACAGGAAUACAAUGAAAUGAAGAGAAAGCUGAGCCAACAUCUGAGUGAAAAAGAUGAAGAGAUGAAGGCUUCCAAGCAAGAAAUGGCUAAAAUACAAAAUGCCUAUGAAGAUGAGAUUACCAAGUGUAAGUCACUGGAGGAACAGAUAAACAGGUUGAAAGAAAACCCACUAUCUGAAGAAAAUGUGAGUGUUAUAACAGACCAUUUAAUAACUGAAUUGAAGAGUGAAUUGGGAAACAUCAAGCCAACAUGGAUUGAUCCAGAUAUUCAUAAACAGUUAAAGAUUGGUCCUUCAAAACCUACUUCUGAACAAGACAUUUUAGAAUCAAAAUCAUUGAAGUUGUGGGAAGAAUCUCUAAAUCUGAAACCCAACAAUGAUUUAAUACUGCAAAAAGAUCUUGAAUCUAUUUGUGUGACAGAAUCUAAUUGGCAGCAAACUGAAGCAAAAUACAAAUCAGAACUUCAACAAAACCAAGGAAGAGUUGCUCAAGUAAAAUAUUCUCUGCAGGACAUUCUAGACAAAAUUAUUCAUGCAGUGGAGGCCAGUAUUUUGACAGAAAAUAUGAACUUACCCACUAAGGAAAAUAGUGUUGCUAGUUUCUUGCCUCAGAAACUAUGUCAUUGUGUUGAAGAAACUUCAAAUGAUUGUGAAUGUUUACAGAUCCAAGUUAGUUCUCAGUCAGCACAUCUUGAAGAAAUAAAUGAGAACCUGAGUAGUCUGUUAAAAAAUUGGUUUAAAGACAUUGUCUUGGAAUACAAAAAAUUGCAAGAUACAUUAGUGGAGCAAGAAAAAGCACUUGAAAGUUACGCAAUAGCAAAACAGUCAUUGGAAGAAACCAAAGCUGCCUUAGAAAAACAACUUGAUUGCAUUACAGUAUUAAAAUCUCAACUGGAGGAAAAUGCAGCAAAUAAGAAGGAACUGACAAAGCUGCCUGAGGAACUUGCAAGAGAAAAACAGAACAUUUUAGAAAAAUUAGAGCUAGAAAUUGCAGAUUCCAAAGAGCUUGUAACUACUUUUAAACCUAAACUAAAUCAAAAUGUCAUUGAACAAGAAAGUAAAUUAAAGGGUGAUUUUGAAGAACUAACCAAAGUACAUACUUUAUCAUUGGAGGAAAGGUAUUUGGAGACAUUUAAAGAAGUGGAACAAAUUGGUGUACAACUUGGUGAAAAGGACAAGAGAAUCUGUGAAUUAACAAAAUCUUUAUCAGAGAAAUCCUCACUUGUUGAGAUUUAUCUGAAUUCAAAUAAUGAACUGACACAAAUUGUUACCAGCAUGAAAGAGAACGUUUCUGAGAAAGAAAUUGAGACUAAUUUACUGAAAAAGGAGUUAGAAGAAAAAUCAGGUACCAUCAGUGAGAAAGAUGCUAAACUUGAUGAACUUACUUCUCUUGUUGGAGAGAUGCAACAGAAGGUCUCAGAAAUCUCUCAGAAACAUUUUUCUGAAAUGAUGACAAUGGAAGAAAAAUACAAAAAUUUUAAAGAUCUCCAGGCUAAGCUCAGUCGAAAGGAAGAAGAAUUGGCAAAACAGCAAGCUGAAUAUUAUUCAGUUGCUGCUGCUUCUGAUAAAGUCUAUGGGCAGUAUGAGGCAUCAGUGAAAACCUAUCAAAACCUAGUCUCAAAACUUUGUGACAAAGUGGAUAACCAAGAUAAACAAAUUGUAUGUCUUCUGGAACAAAUGUCAGAUAUGAAACUAAAAGCUGAACAAGAAUACAAUAAAAUGAAGAAAGAACUAACUGAAGAUAAUGAAGAAGUGAAAGUUUCCAAACAAGAAUUGAUUAAAAUCCAAAGAGCCUGUGAAGAAGCAAUUGUGAAGAGUAAAUCACUGAAAGAGCAUCAAAACAUGUUGGAAGAAAAACAACCAACUGGAUAUAGUAUAAGUGUUGUAACAGACAAUUUAAUGACUGAAUUGAAGAGAGAAUUGGACAACAUUAAGACAACAUGGAUUGCUCCAGAUAUUCAUGAACAGUUAAAAGCUGAUUUUUCAAAACUUACAUGUGAACAAGACAUUUUAGAAUCAAAAUGGUUGAAGUUACAUGAUGACUUUCUGAGUUUGAAAUCCAGCAAUGAUUUACUUAAGAAUGAGAUGGAAAAAAUGAAAAUUGAAUAUAAUAAUGCACAGUACCAAAUUCUGGAUAAACAGCAAACUAUUGAGAUAAUGAAAAAAGAUAUUGAAAGAAAAUCUCCAGUAAAAUCUUCUAUACAGAACUUUGCUGAGAAAAUUGUUCAUGCUACUAAGACUAAAAUUUCAGCAGAAAAUUCAGAGUUUGAAAGAGUAAAAUUGCAACUGGAAGAAAAUGCAGCCAUUAAGAAGGGACUAGAAAAACAGUUCAAGGAACUUACAGGAGAAAAACAGGAUGUUUUAGAAAAAUUAGAGCUAGAAACUGCAGAUUCCAAAGAGUUUGUAACUGAUUUAAAACCUAAACUAGAAACUGUAAAUCAAAAUACCAUUGAACAAGAAAGUAAAUUAAAGAGUAAUUUUGAAGAACUAACCAAAGUACAUACGUUACUAUUGAAAGAAAGAUAUUUGGAGACACUUAAAGAAGUGGAACAAAUCGGUGUACAACUUUGUGAAAAGGACAAGAGAAUCUGUGAAUUAACAAAAUCCUUAUCAGUGAAAUCCUCACUUGUUGAGAAAUAUCUAAAUUCAAAUAAUGAACUAACACAAGUUGUUACCAGCUUGAAAGAGAAUGUUUCUGAGAAAGAAACUGAGACUAAUUUACUGAAAAAGGAGUUAGAAGAAAAGUCAGGCACCAUCAGUGAGAAAGAUGCUAAACUUGAUGAACUUACUUCUCUUGUUGGAGAGAUGCAACAGAAGGUCUCAGAAAUCUCUCAGAAACAUGUUUCUGAAAUUGAAAAACUGCAAGAAAAUCUCAAAGUGGAAUAUGAAGAGAAAAUCUCUUCUAUUACAAGUGAAUAUGUGAAUAAAAUAACCAGCAAUUAUAUGUGUAAGUCUUUGAUGGAAAUAAAAGAAAAAGAACAUUCAAAGGAAUUGGAGACUACUAAAGAAAUGUUACAUCAAGAAUACAACCAGAAGAGUUGCUGCCUUAUUGAAGAAUAUGAAAAGAAAUUAAAAUCUGUCUCGGAGGACUUUGAGAAAAAAUUAUCCUCUGACUAUGUUGCAGUUGGUGAGAUUAAUGAACAAAAUAAAAAACAUAUCCAAGAAGUUAUACAAAUGAAAGAAAAACUUGAAGAAUAUGAAGGGAAAAUAAAAUCCCAAGAUGAAGAACAUAAAGAAGCUUUGCAAAAAGUAAUGGUAGAAUUUCAGGAAAAUAUCUCCAAAAAUUAUAUCUCAAAAGAAGUAUUUGAAGCUAAGCUAAAAGAUGAGACCAUAAAGUAUACACAACUUGAACAGAAAUUUGUUGAAGAAGAGAAAUUACAGAUAGUGUUGAAAGAACAUGAUGAAAAAUUAGCUCAAGUUACUUUGAAUUAUGAAGAGAAAAUAGCUACUGACUUUGUACCUCGACAAACAUUUGAAUGUGAACAGGAAAAGCAUGUUACAGCUCUUCUAGAACAACAAACUUUCUAUAAAAGGAAGUUAGAGUUACUUGAUGAAGAGCACAAAAUUUUCAUUAAUAAUAAAGUAAUUGAAUUUGAAGAUAAUAUUGCAACUAAUUAUGUGAUGAGAUCUGAUUUUGACAAUGUCCAAGCUAGGUUAAGUCAGAAGGAAAAAGAGUUCUCUAAACUACAAGCUGAAUUUGAUUUAGAUGUUACUGCUUCUGACAAUGUCAAUGAACAGUAUGAGACAUCAGUAAAGACAUAUGAGAAAAAGGUCACAGAAAUAUGUAACAAAGUUGAGAGCCAAAACAGACAAAUUGAAUGUCUUCAAGAACAAAUUGCAGAGAUGACAGUAAAAGCUGAACAGGAAUACACCGAAAUGAAGAGAGAGCUGAGCCAAGAUCUGAGUGAUAAAGAUGAAGAAAUGAAGACUUCCAGGCAAGAAAUGAUUAAAAUACAAAGUGCCUAUGAAGAUGAGAUUACCAAGUGUAAGUCACUAGAGGAACAGAUAAACAGGUUGAAAGGUAACCAUAAUAAUGUGAUAACUUCUUUGAAAGAAUCAUUCCAGUCUGAAAUAAAGCAUAUGAAAGAAACUUUUCAAAAAGAGUUUUACAGAAGAGAAACUAUCUACAAGACUGACCUCAAAAAACUAAAUGAUUCCCAUUUCCAAGAAUUGACUUUAUCACAAACCAAAUGGAAGAAACUUAAUGAGACUCAAUGUGCUAACAUAAGUAACUAUGAGAAAAUUGUGAGUGAGAAAGAACUUCAGGCUGCAAACAUUAAGCAGCAACUGUUGUCUGAAAUGGAAGCCAGAGCUGAGCUUGAAAAAUAUCUUGUUUCAAGCAAGGAAAACCACGAAGAAGAGAUUAAGAAACUAAAUAGCAUCAUAAAUGAAGUUAGAGAAGAGUACCAGCAGCUGAAAAAGAAGAAUAGUGGCACUGAAGCCUAUUUCCAGAGCAGAGAACAGAAGUUAAUCAUAGAUCAUACCAAGACUUUGUCCAAAGUUGAAGAAAUGAAUGCUUCCUUGGCUGAUUGCUUACAGAUUUCUCAGAAAGAGUUAGAGAUAUUUAAAAAGAAGCAUGAAAAUAUAUUUGCUGAGAUCAAUCAUCUCAAAAAACAACUAAAGACAACCAAACAAGAGAGGCUAAAUAUUAUUGGUAAACUCCAAGACUAUAGAGUGUUUUAUGUACUAUUUACAGCAAUGUUAUGUUCCUUCCUCGUGGUGCCUAUUUACAGUUAACCAACUGGGCUGUCUGAUAAUGACAUAUCCUGGCCAUGGUCUGAACAUAGUGUUGCUGACAGGAUACACACCACCAACUUUGAUAGUUCUCUGAUGACUCUUUGAAAAGUCCAGCCUUGAGCACAAUGAAAAAAGUUCCUUAUGAUCUGAGGUGCAGAACUAGUAACCCAUGGAACAAGAUGAAAGUAAAAGAUUAUAACACAUCACCAAUAAGCAGUUGCCUGAUGGGAAGCCCUUGAGAAGAAAUUUUCCACAGACUCUUUGAUGGUAAUUGAUGUUGUGACCUGGGUCAUGCCUGUGCCUAAAGUCUAUCUUGAGAAUUCAAUCAUUGAUGAAUCAAUCAAAUCUGACAAAGUAUUGCUUCUCUAUUUUUGUUUUGCUUAUAUUCUACAUAUUUUCUCUAAGAUAUUUUAUUAUAUAUCUCAAGUUUCUUUCUAAAUUUUCUACAAUUUGCUUUUUCUAAAUACAAAUAAACUGUUCAAAUUAAACUA